UCAACAUUGAGUAUUUGACCGUUGAAAGAAAAAUUCUCGACCUGUUUUCGAUGAUUAUAAGCCAUGAUGUAGACAACAGGAAUAUUUUACCCAAGGGAUAGAGAGAUUGAUGAAAGUAUAAGGAUUAGAGUAUAGAGGAGUUUUACAGAAUGACUGUUAUAUUAACUAGUUACGGAUAUCAACCUGUUUAAAUUGUCCUCAUCAUGGUUAUUAUAAUAGUGUGUAGACAGUAGUAUGGCUAUGUUCCGUACAGUGUUCACGGGCUGCGUGUCAGACCGUAGUUCAAGAGUUGAUGGCUACCGAUCUGGAAAGUUAAAAUUUGGAGCCCCAUUGAGUAGCGCUUUGAAAAAUGGCUAUCUGCCUUCACCACUUAUGGAGAUCUUGGUGUAUAUUGCUAGAGAGGGUUGUACCACAGUGGAUCUGUUUCGUCGUCCUGGUAACCCUAAAGACACACGACGAAUAGUACAGAGAUUGACGGAGGGAAAGACAGUCAUUUAUUCUAAUUAUAGUUUUUAUACGUUAGCUUCGGUUGUAAAGAAAUUUUUACUGCGUUUACCAGGUGGUAUUUUUGGACCUGAAGGAGAAGAACAUCUACUACAAGUGUUGACAAUCGGACAUAAAUCGGAACAAUGUCAGGCUGUACAUGAAUUUAUAGACUCUUUAAGUGAACCUCAUCAACAUCUGAUAGCGUUAUUAUUUGGUACAUGGUUUCGUAUGGUGAAUCAUGCGGAAAUAAACUUCAUGUCUGUUGAAGCUCUGUCUAGAAGUUGUGCUGGUAGUGUCUUCCACACAUGUGCUGCCGAUCCGGGCAAGGUUGAAAAAGCCAGUCGUCUGAUGCAAAUUCUGAUUGAUAACUUUGGAGUAGCGAGUAUGUUCGGUAGAGAUAAUAUUGAAUUUUUUACAGAAACCACACAUACUGGUAUUCAUAUACGUGAGAGAUAUCGGUACCAGUAUCAGUAUCCAUCUGAAGAACUUCUACCUCAUUACAGUGAAAGUAGCGCUAUGGGUCAAAGAUCAUGCUUAGAGGAUAUGGAAUUUAUUGAGAUGACACGUGUUGAAGGUGAUGUCCAUCAGGAACACGAACACGAUCCAAGUGAGAGUCCAGAACUAGGUUCACCGGAAUCAGGCCGUCAUGUGUCUACCUCUUCCAAGACCGGGGAAACUUCCAAGCUCAAAAUAACUGUUACUACUGCUUCUGCACCAGAAGUGUGUUUGAUGCCUUCACCGGAGGUUUCUAAGAGACCAAAGUCAAUGGAGAACAAUCUAAAUGAAACAACAACAAAAAGCUUUUAUCAAAGUCGUAGUUUAAGUCGCUUUAAUUCAGUGAAACGUAAACAAUUAGAAAGGUUGCGUCAGCGUUCUGAUUGGUUUUUAGGGCCCAACUAUAAAGACAUUAAAUCAUCAGAAGAUAGAGAGCAGGGGUCCAAUGCGGAGUCCGGUGCCUCGGUUACAAGGGCGUCGUCAGAAGGAGCGGUACUGGAAGUUUUUUCCGAUGCAGAUAGCGUGUUUACUGAUAACACUAGUAGGAGUGAAUCUCCAGCUUCAGAACCUGUUCGUAGUUUUUUAGCGAGCCAAGUUCGUAGAGACAUCAUACAUAGUGACACCGUGGCAGAAAUGACAAUGUCUGACAUCGGUCAAUUAACUGAUAUGAGCCGUGAAUCUCACGACAUCACAGAAGAAGACAUGACAGAGACUGAAACACGCUGUUUCGUAGUUGAACAUCAAUACGGAAACCCAGGAUCUACUUCCUAGCAGCAUAACAUUUCAGUAUAGAGGCUAGUUUAUGUUUUUAAAUCAAACAUCGCCUUGACAACAGUCCCAUGAUUCUUUUUCUAUUAUUAAUAUCCACCAGCGUUCUGCAAAUUGUACAAAAAAAAUUUUUAAGAGAAUUAAAUUGAAGUCCCUUCUUUUAAAUAUCUAAGAUUCAGAUAAUUAUUAUGUACACAACUUUAUAUAAUAUCUUUUCUUAGAUAAUUAACUAAUUCAAAUCACCCACUACCUUGGCUCAAUUAUUAAAUUCUCUUUUAUGUGCCUGAUUGAGUCCUAAGGCUCGUUUCUCAAAAAAAAAAAAAUAUUUAAUUACAUUUUGUAACUCGUUUUAUUACUUUUGCAAUCAACUCCUAGCUCAGAUGAGAGUGAAUUUUAAUGUCAAGUUUUAUACAAUUUAUAUUAAAAUUGUUUUUUUUUUUA